AUGGCUGGGGCCAACUUCAUGAGCCUGCCGCCCGAACUGCGCAUUCGAAUAUACGAGUAUGCACUCGAUCCUCUCGCGGACCCGGAAGCCCACCCAAUCUUCUUGAGGCGGAAAGGCCACACUGAAGUCACGACUGGACUGUUGAGAGCCAACAAGCAGAUUUUGGCGGAAGCUGUCGAAGUUCUCUGCAGCCUGUUCGAGCUGCGAGUCCGCAUUGCAGGAAUCGGCGGCUCGGUCAAGGCCAAGGAAACGGCCGCAGUCCUUGAGCCAAUUCCACAGUACGCUCGAAAGCACAUGCGCCAACUCCUUCUGGUUUCUGCCAAUGCAAGCGGCGGCAUCACUGGAGCUUCCUCACGGAAAAACCGUCCAGACGCUCUUGCUGGCCUCGACAAGUAUUGGAAAGUCAUCAGCCAGGAACUUCCCCAACUACGCAAGCUUCGCAUCCACAUCAACAUCUUCAAGAGCGAGCUGGAGAACAUCAAGUAUGUUCUGUGGGCGUUCAAGGGCAUCAAGACUUUGUCCAAACUGCGGCUCUUCAAGCUUGAGAUUCAUCAACGCCAGCAGUCUUAUCUCGAGAGUGCUUGGUCGGACCGAUUCAUGGAAGACAUGCAGGCGGACCUGAUUUGCAAGUUGAUGAAGUUUGUGGAAGGAACGUUCGAGAUCGACAUCCAGCUGGUCAAAAAGGAUCCAAUGAUGCCGCUACGGCAGUGGUUUUGA